AUGGAAGGGGACAACCACUCGAAUGUCUUGCCUUCCCGGUCAUCACCCACCUGGUCACCAUCCACUGAGUCAUCCCCGGCCAGAGCAUCCCCGGCCAGAGCAUCCCCUGCCAGAGCAUCCCCAGUCAGAUUGGUUAGAUCAUCUCCAGUGAGCUCUACUGUCAGAUCAACUCCCACAAGGUCAUCUCCAGCCGCACGGGCAGCCUCAGAAAGCAGAAGUGUGUCUAUGCCCAAGAUCACCUGGCAGGGAAGCCAGAAGAGACUUACCUUCAUUGGCUGUAUCCUGCUGCUCAUCAUCCUGGUCGUCGCUCUCAUCCUAUUGUUUUACUUCUGGAAGGGCCACACAGAGAUCAAGUACAAGGAGCCCAUUGAGAGCUGCCACAGGAACGCGGUGCGCUGUGAUGGGGUUGUGGACUGCAAGUUUAAGAGUGAUGAGCUGGGCUGUGUGAGAUUUGACUGGGAUAAGUCUAUGCUUAGACUCUAUUCCGGAGUCCACCGCCAGUGGUUGCCUGUCUGCAGUGAAGGCUGGAACAAUUCCUACUCUGAAAAGAUCUGCCGACAGCUUGGCUUUCAGAGCGCUCACUACACAGGUGAAGUUAUUAACCAAGGGUUAACCAGUAGUUACUCUGUUUCUGAGUACAACAACACCAUCCAGGAAAGCAUCAACAGGUCUGACUGCCCUUCCCAUCAGUUCAUUUCUCUUCAGUGCACUCGCUGUGGUAUGAGGGGCAUGACCGGGCGGAUUAUUGGGGGGGCCCUGGCCCCUGAGAGCAAGUGGCCCUGGCAAGUUAGUCUCCAGUUCGGCACUACUCACAUCUGCGGGGGCACCCUCAUUGAUGCCCAGUGGGUGCUCACAGCUGCCCAUUGCUUCUUUGUGACCCAAGAGAAGAUCCUAGAGGGCUGGAAAGUGUAUGCAGGGACUAUCAACCUGCACCGCUUGCCUGAAGCAGCCUCUGUCUCCCAGAUCAUCAUCAACUCCAACUACUCCGAUGAGCAAGACGACUAUGACAUUGCUCUCAUGAAGCUUGACAAGCCCCUGACCCUGUCUGCUCACAUCCAUCCUGCCUGCCUACCCAUGCAUGGGCAGACCUUCGGUCUCAAUGAGACCUGCUGGAUCACAGGCUUUGGCAAGACAAAGGAGACGGAUGAGAAGACUUCCCCCUACCUGCGGGAGGUUCAAGUCAAUCUCAUUGACUUUAAACAGUGCAAUAACUAUUUGGUCUACGACAACUACCUGACUCCUCGAAUGAUGUGUGCUGGGGACCUCCGAGGAGGGAGAGACUCUUGCCAGGGGGACAGUGGGGGGCCUCUGGUGUGUGAGAAGAACAACCGAUGGUACCUCACAGGCGUGACCAGCUGGGGCACAGGCUGUGGCCAGAGGAACAAACCUGGUGUAUACACCAAAGUGACAGAAGUGCUUCAUUGGAUUUAUAGCAAAAUGGAGGGUGAGGUGCGGGGUCAAAAGUCCUAAGAAGUGGGUAUGGCAAGCCAGACCAUUUCACAGCAUUGACUGUGAAGGCUCUACCUGUGAUUGAAGCUGCAGGGAUUCUCCAGCAUCACCUGGAAAUGUGGGCCCAAAAGAUGCUCUUCAGUAACUUUAUUAC